GAGGUGGGAGGGAGGGAGGAAUUUCAGCUAACGGGAGGGAUGCUGAUGGCUGCUCGGUCCCUGCUAUCAUCCACAACAAACUCACACCUGUAACGCAAAACCCCUCACGGAGACCACUACACCAUGGGCUCUCUGAACGUCUUCCUGUGGUUUUUAGUAGUGGUCACCAUUGUCUCGCGCUCACAUGCAGACCGGAACGUCUACCCUUCAGCUGGAGUGUUGUUUGUCCAUGUCCUUGAGAGGGAAUACUUUAAAGGAGAAUUUCCUCCUUAUCCGAAGCUAGGGGAUACCAGCAAUGAUCCAAUCACCUUUAAUACCAACCUGAAGGGUUUUCCAGACAGACCCGGGUGGCUGCGCUACAUCCAGCGAACUCCACACAGUGAUGGAGUCCUUUACGGCUCCCCCACUGCGGAGCAUGCGGGCAAACCAACCAUCAUCGAGAUUACUGCCUAUAACCGACGCACUUUCGAAACAGCAAGGCACAAUUUGGUCAUUAACAUCAUGGGUACAGAAGAAUUCCCCUUGCCUUAUCAGGCCGAGUUUUACAUUAAAAACAUGAACGUAGAGGAGAUGUUAGCCAGUGAGGUGCUGGGAGACUUCCUGGGGGCUGUGAAGAACGUGUGGCAGCCUGAGAGACUUAAUGCCAUCAACAUCACUUCAGCGCUGGACCGGGGUGGACGUGUGCCCCUGCCCAUCAACAAUCUGAAAGAGGGUGUGUACGUGAUGGUGGGAGCAGAUGUGCCGUUCUCGUCAUGCCUGCGUGAGGUAGAGAGUCCGCAGAACCAGUUGCGCUGCAGUCAGGAGAUGGAGCCGGUCAUCAGCUGUGACAAGAAGUUCAGAGCUCAGUUCCACAUCGACUGGUGCAAAAUCUCUCUGGUGGAUAUUACUAAAGUCAUCCCUGUGCACAAUAGCCGUCCGGAACCGGGCACUGGGGUGCUGCCAGACAUUGGUGAAUAUAAUCCACCCUCCGAGUCACUGAAAAGUCGAGACUAUUUUGCUGACUUCCUGGUGACAUUGGCGGUUCCCUCUGCUGUUGCUCUGGUCCUCUUCGUCAUCCUGGGCUACUCAAUGUGCUGUCGCCGAGAAGGAGUGCGAAAAAGAAACAUGCAAACACCAGACAUCCAGCUGGUGCACCACAGCUCCAUUCAGAAAUCAACAAAGGAGCUGCGCAGCAUGUCGAAGAACAGGGAGAUCUCCUGGCCUCUCUCCACGCUGCCCGUGUUCAACCCUGUGAGUGGAGAGGUGGUGCCACCGAUCCACCCGGAAAACUAUGAGACUACCAGCAUGCCGCUCAUGCAGACCCAGACAAAUCUUCAAAAUCAAAUGCAGAUCCCACAACAGCAGCCUUCGGACCCAGCAUUACCUCCUCCAGCAAUUUGAGCAACAGUAGCUCGUCUGCUGGAUCGGAACACACGGGCCAGCCUCCACUCCCCACGUGCAUCGAUGAGCCUUGGCCGCCCAUGACCCUGUCGCCAGUUCACCACUGUUCCUUCCUUGGACCACUUUUGAUAGAUACUGACCACUGCAGACUGACUGAACACCCCACAAGAGCUGCAGUUUUGGAGAUGCUCUGAUCCAGUGGUCUAGCCAUCACAAUUUAGCCCAAAUUCGCUCAAAUCCUUAUGCUUGCCCAUUUUCCUUGCUGCCUAUAUAUCCCAUCCACUAACAGGUGCCAUGAUAAUCAGUGUUAUUGACGCCACCUGUCAGUGGUCAUGAUGUUAUGCCUGAUUGAUGUAUAUACUAUAGUCAGAUGGCAAAUGAAAGCAAAAAAAAAAAUGUCUGGUUAUGUUGUGUGGUCAUAGUGCUGGUUUAGGGUGAAAUUAUACCCAUAGCAUGAAAAAUGAUGUCCAUCAAUCAGUACAGUUCCAGAAAUUUGUAGAAUUGUUGCUAAUGCAAUGAAGCUGUUCUGGUGUCUCAAAGUAGCCUAACACUGCUUCCUCCAUGUGUGUACACUAAUGAAUUGCAGUUGGUCUGAGUAUCUCCUUGUCUAACAGUCUG